CAGCAGCAGACGGAUGUAGGGUUUAGUAGUUCGUGUCAUGCGUUUGUACGGUAUUAUGUUGCGUUUUCUGUGUAAUAUGUAAGUGAUUUGAUGGUGGAAACAGGAAAUCACGGAAAGACGUAUAUUGAGUGUGGUAUGGAUUAGGAGAGCACUCAUGGACUCAAAGGGAACUGGUUGGCUGAAAAAAGAGAAGAAUGAAGUAUAUGCUGAACCAGGCUCCUUGGUUCCGUUACACACACCUACCAUGAAAGUAAAAGAAGAAUUGGAUGAACAAGUGAACCAACAGUUUCUUCAAGAUCCACCAAGGAUUGUAAUGCCUAGUCUUCGUAUAAAGCAAGACCUAGAACUGAAACGGGAUUUAGAUGGCAUUGAGCAUGAUUGUCUUGAAGAUAAUUUGGUAAUCUCUCGGCCAUAUGAUUUUAUCAAGGAGGAUCCUGAACUAAAUUUGGAGGUGGCAGCCUCAGUAAGAAAUGCAUCUGAUAGUUCAAGUUUCUUUCAAAGUGCUGGUGACAGCUGUAACGUUUCGUAUCAAGAAGCAUUACAUCAAGGACUGGUCAAUGACGAUCUGGAGAUAGAUACACAGAUGAGAACAGAUUUCUGUAUGUCUCAUAACUAUACCAAGUUACAGACUUCACAAGAAGACAGCUUAUGUGGCACGAGAUUAAGUUGUAGCAUCAGGGAAAAGGAAUUCCAUAAGUUUAACUGUAGUUUCUGCCUACAGAGCUUCCCUUCAAAAUACACACUCAUAAUGCAUAUCUUCAUCCACAUUGAUGGUGUGCAGGCACCUGCAUAUGUGUGUAAGUCAUGUGGUGAGGUAUUUCCCACUGAUGACAGCUUGAAAGAACAUUUGAGAAUGAGUGAGGGUGACCAAGCAUUAUCAGCUGCCAACAGUGAGAAACUUGAAUGCAGUGAUGACCAUGAAAACAACAUCUCCUUAGAAAGUGUACAAGAAGAAAUCGUGGAACAGACUAAGAAGCUAUCUUCAUCCAAGGAAACCAGGAAAACUUUAAGGAAAUCCUUUAGUGACAUAUGCAAUACACGUACUGUGCCACAAGAUGCAGAGAAACUCAGAUGUGAUGACUAUGGAAUUUUGUGUACAAGUGAUCAUGUUAAUGUCCACACUGUGCGAAGUGCAAAGAGACAUCACAAAUGUGAUGUUUGUGAUUCUGUAAAUGUUGUAGAGAAUGCUACAAAUUUAUGUUUAAGAGUAUGA